UCAACUUUGCACAUCAAGUCGUGACGCAGUGAAAAGUCCCUGGAAAGCGUCCCUGUCACUUUAACUCUCUGGCGGGAACGUUUGGAGCGAGACGCUGCCACAGCGGGCUCAUCCCAACAGUCGUUGUUGAGGCGGCAGAAACUUUUUAAUCUUCCGAUUUUUUUACGAGGACAUACUGAUGGAAGACUUUAUCACCGAAACGAUUAGUUGUCAUAUCGCUAAGUAUCAACAUAUCACCACAUAGCACAUGUUUUCACGGGGUUUGGGCAGAAAUUACACGUUUUUCCGGCAGUGUUGGUUUUCUCGUUUAAGCUAAGUGUUAUUGAGCACAAGUCUUGACAGGAUCCUUGAGAAACAACUGCGACUCUUUCGAACAAUAAUGACAGAGUUGUCAAAUCACUCAUAACUUAAUUAUAACUAAUUGAACGUCUGAUUGUUUAUUUGACUGAUUUUCAAAGAAGUCAAACCGUCUGCGCACGUCUUUUCGAGGGAGAACCGAGGAAGAACCGGGGGAGAACCGACCCGUCGGGUCCUCUGCGCGGAGUCACGGCCUCCCGCGCUGAGCCAGCCGAGGCUGCUCGAGGAAAAGGGAGGUCCUCUACAGUCCUCCCCCUCCUCCCCUCUCCUCCCCCUCCAUCUUAUCAUCAGGACCGACUCCUCCGCAGAAAGGCCGACACUGAGAUGCAUGUCAUGCACUCUCCUCUAAACCGGAGCGCGAAACAAGGGAUUAAAAACGCUGCCAGGAGCGCAGAGUGAAAAAAGAGAAGCAGACGGGGGCCAGACCAGUAAACCAUUUAACCAGUGAGGGGAGAGCGGAGUUAGGACCGGCAACUACAAGAGUCAGGACCUUUAGGCUUCUUCUUUUUUUAAAGUGUGCAUCUCUGGUAGAUCGGAAGGUGCCGUGCUCCCCCCCCCCCCCCCCCGCCCCUACCACCACCAACUCUGGACUCGGAUUAUCGUCGCAUCCUCUGCGCGUCGUUUGGAUUAUUGUUGCUUUAAUCCCGGUGGUCCGCCAUGAAGACAGAAGUGUGGAUACAAGCGCUGGUGCUGGCCGUGGUGUCGCUGGUGCAAGCAGGCUUCCGUAAGGAAAGGGAGCUGUCCCUUCAGAAGUAUGAGAAGACUGAGAGCUCUUGGCUGGUGUGCCCCACCUGCCCACAGGCCACUCGCGUGCGCAAGAGGAAGAAGCUGGAAUGGUGUGCCUCUAGAUGUAAAAAGGACAAGAAAUUCAAAUGCAGGGCCUUCAACUUUGAGAAGCUCAGCAGGACGUGCCACUUGCUCCCCUUCGACCGCCUCAGCCCGGGAGCACAGACACAAAACAACGUCAACUUCACGCUUUACGAACGCAAAGAUUACAUUCGGGAGUGCAUUGUUGGAACCAACGGACAGUACAGAGGAAGGAGGUCUUGGACAAAGUCCAACAUCACCUGCCAAGCCUGGUCUGACAACAGCAUCCACGACCACACGUUUAUGGCGUAUCGGGAUAAAGACCUAAAGGACAGCUAUUGCCGUAACCCGGACCACCGUCUCCGUCCGUGGUGCUACACCAUGGACCGCAAGACCCCCUGGGAGUACUGCAACAUCUCUGUGUGUGAUUCUCCGGGAGAUCCGUCAGUCAACGUCACAACGUCGUGUGUGCAGGGCAAGGCGGCGGACUACAGAGGCACAGUGAGCAUGACUCCCAGAGGACUGACCUGUCAGCGCUGGGACUCCCAGUUCCCCCACAACCACUCCUACCUUCCCCAGAACUACAAGUGCAGAGAUCUCAGAGAAAACUACUGUCGCAACCCCGAUGGCUCAGAUUACCCAUGGUGCUUCACUACAGACCCUCAUCAGAGGAGGGCCAGCUGCACACAGAUUCCCAGAUGUGACGCUGUGGCCCCUCAGAAAACAGAAUGUUACCGGGACAACGGUGAGGCCUACCAGGGCACUCUGUCCAUGACCAGGUCUGGGAUCCCGUGCGGGGACUGGUCCCAUCACAUCAACAGUAGGGAUCCUCACUCCGUAGAGUCCCACGUCCUGCUGGAGAAGAACUACUGCCGGAACCCCGACCGUGACAAGAACGGGCCCUGGUGCUACACCAGCUCCAGCAGCCGCCUGGCCUGGGACUACUGCGAGCUCAAGAAAUGUGAAUCUCCCAGAAUCAGCGCUCCGUUAAACAAUCUCACCGCGCCCUCGACCUCGUGCAUCGUGCACAUAAACACCCGGAUCGUAGGGGGGCACCAGGUCCAUGGCUCUGACGGCAGCUGGGUGGUCAGCAUCCAGAGAGAGAACAACCACUUGUGCGGGGGGACCCUGGUGAGAGAAGACUGGGUGCUGACGGACCAGCAGUGCUUCACCUCCUGCGUCCCGGACCUGAAGGACUACAGCGUGCAGGUGGGCCUCCGCCACCUCAACGCCUCCUCCGGUCACCCCCGCCUGCACAUCUCCCGGCUGGUCUGCGGCCCGGAGGGCUCCAACCUGGUGCUGCUCAAACUGGAGCGGCCCGCCCCGGUGUCCGAGGGAGCCACCAGCAUCCAGCUGCCGGUUCGAGAGUGUCACAUCCGUGAAGGCACCAACUGCACCAUGUACGGCUGGGGAGAGACCAAAAACACCGGCCACGAGGAGUCGCUGAAGGCCGUCACCAUGCCGAUGGUCAACAACGAGGUGUGCUCGCGGCUCAAAGACGGCGCUGGGGACAGCCGAGUGUGCGCCGGCGGCAAGAGAGGCGAGGGCAUCUGUGACAAAGACAACGGGGGUCCGCUGGUCUGCCAGGACCACCAGCGCAAGGUCAUCAUCGGGGUGUCGGUGCAGCGGACCAAGUGCGCGUCCUCGCAGCCCGCCCUCUUCGUCAACGUGGCCUUCUACUCGGACUGGAUCUACAAGGUGUUCAAGCACUACCCCAGUUAGGGGCGGGGGGGUCCAGCCCUCUGCGGGGUCCGGGUCGGCCAACGGGCGGUGUGACACAAACCCCCCCCCCCCCCCCCCCCCCCCCGCCCCGAUGCAAAGGGAAGAGAGGACAUGAGGAAGGAAGGAACGAAGGAAGGGAGGGGGGGAGGAAGGAAGGGAGGAAGGGAGGGAAGCGCUCGCGAUGGGUGGUCAAGGGGCCGAUAGAAACCAAAGCAAAGCAAGGCUCAUAAAUUCCUGCCUCUCCGCAGUGUGGAUGGAUGAGUGGACCGCUGGGCCCUGGAGGCACCAUGGGACCGAGGGGCCGGGGGGCCGGGGGGCCCUAUUAGGGUCCCAACGGCUAGCCACCAGACAGGGGACAAGAGUUCAGCGCUCCGGACUCGUCAGAUCCACAAAGGAGACCGUACCAAGUUUGGACCGAAGCCUCGGUCUGACCACACAGCAGGAGAGUCACAGGUCCUUUUUUUAUCUCGCCCCAGGCGCCUGGAACGUGCAUCAGUUGUGUGUCACGGACAAACAACUCUGAAUCCAUGCUGACAGAGGACGUGUGGGAAUGCUACCUGUGACUGUGUUUCCUGGAGAAUACUUGAAUAAUAAUAAUAAUAAAGACCCAACCCAAACGCCAGCCCUCUGAGAUGGUGUUGACCGGGGGUUUAACUGGACUGCGACUGCGCCGAUCUUUCCUCCUGAAUUCACAUGGGGGGGCGUUGUAGGAUUGAUGUUGCAGAAUGUGACGUUACCAAAUACUUAAGUGCCCUUAUGCAAAAAGAGACAGUUUGAGCUGUUCAAUCCUUCACGCAAUUGUGGGAACAUUUUGUCACCAAAUGCUUGUGUCCUAAAAUAAGGUUUUAGCUGUUAAUUCUUUAAAGAUAUUUAAGGUGUUUUUUCUUACCAAAUACUUACUAAGUGUCCUUACACUUACAACAAUUCAGUGCUAUGCCGACAGCCAACUUUUAACACCAAUCACUCUGAGUAGCUACCCUAGAUUCCCCCCCCGACGUAGCUGAGAUGCUAGUUUCCCUCCAACUGAGGAGGGCGAUUAGCCCAGAAAUGGCUAAACUGCUCGGAAUGACGAUACUACAGAUUUAGCACAGGGGAAGCAAAGCACCUUGCCAAGUAUAACACGGCUAUUAAGUCUCCUGUUUGGGGGGAACUCUGGCCCUUGGCGGGCUGCGUGUGGUCAGUACAGACAUAAGGUAGUGCAAGGGGCUCCGUUUGUAUAUAACUGCAGAUGUAUCGAAUAUGUUUCUGGCACGCUCUAGUAUUUUAUGGGUCUUAUAGAUCUGGGAUGUAUUUGGCUCAGUUGGAAACAUAUUGCUUCUGAUUCUCUUCUGUAUUUGAAGAGAUCCGUGGCUCGUAAAUGUACCUAUAUUUAUUUUGAUCUUGUUUCUUUUGCUGAGAGGGUUUGGCCAUCUUAAGUGAUUUGGUGAUUUUGUUUGUGUUGUGAAGGGCUCAACCACCACUAGUCUGCAUAUUUGUUUCUGUUAACAGACUUACUAAUGUCAUAUUCAAUAUUUAACACGCUAAAGGAUAGGGGAGAAGACUUUUUGGGCAAAAAUCGUUUGAAUAAUAUUGGCAUCAUUCACGACAUUUACUAAAAACAAUAUGCUUAUUUUGGCAGUAAAAUAAAAAUCGGAUUUCAUUUUCCCUUGGUUGUUGUAAUUUCCUCAGGUAAACGUGACUGUCACAUAAAAUCGGAAAGAAAAACAAGUCAUAAAGUCGAGGAAACAUUUACAAUGCACAACUGUGACUGUGAAAUUCUUAUCCCGAAAAAGAAUGAUGUGAGUUGCUUUUGGGAUUAAAAUAUGACAAAACAUUUCGUACAAAUAUGUUGCCUUAAGACUUAAGUAUACCUGGAGGAGGUGUCGAAUCUCUGAUAAAAACUGCAAAUUGUGAUUCAUAAGUACCUAAGGCAACAUUAAAUCGUCAGUUAGGAGGUAAAUUACUGCCAAAAGAGGCAAAAAGUAUACACUUAAGAAUGUUUAGUGUCCCCACCUGUCAAGUGUGUGUAGGUGAUUCACACUAAUAAUGUUACAAGAUUUUUGAUAACAUGUCUUUGCUAUUUUUUUUACUAUAUUUUUUGGGGAGAAUGAUUCCUGUUAUUUAAUUAAUGUAAAUACUGAUACACAUUAUGUAAAAUACAAUUGUAAUUUUGUAAAUGUCAUAAGUGUUUUCAAACUUUAUGUAUUGUUUAUUUGUAUUUUUGUAUAUUGGAAACUCUAUAACAGCUGCUAUUUUGUGUUAGUGUUUCUUACCCUUUGUUAUAUUCCUAUUUUAAUAAAUCAUUUCAGAUAACUCUCAAUUUGCAGUUCAUAAA